GCGCGGGCGGGGGCGGGGGCCUCCGGGCGGGGGAAUAUACAAAGUGAAGCCACAUUGCCAAACUUGCAGCAGCGAUUGCAGCAGUUGCUGCCGCUGCGCCGCGCCUGAAGCCGCGUCGCGCGGGCCGAGGGCUCCUGCAGCUGCUUGCGCCCAGCCGGAGGCGGAGGAGAGGGACUAGGACAGAGACUGACACUUCUGAUCCCGGCCGCCUACCACUUACACGCGGGGACCCCCAAACCGCCCUAGAGCAACGCGAUUUAAAAAAAAAAAAAAAAAAAAAAAGCAGCCCUUAGCCCCCUCCUCCCCUUCCCUGCUUCUGCGAGAACUCCCUCCCUCCCUCGAGCUCCGCCAGCCAAGGCGCCCCUUCCCUGGAAGCCGAGCGGCUUCGCUCGCAUUUCGCCGCCGUCGCCUCUCGCAAUAUUGCAAUAUAGGGGAAAAGCAGACCAUGGUGAAUCCGGGCAGCAGCUCGCAGCCGCCCCCGGUGACGGCCGGCUCCCUCUCCUGGAAGCGGUGUGCAGGCUGCGGGGGCAAGAUUGCGGACCGCUUUCUGCUCUACGCCAUGGACAGCUACUGGCACAGCCGGUGCCUCAAGUGCUCCUGCUGCCAGGCGCAGCUGGGCGACAUCGGCACGUCCUGUUACACCAAGAGCGGCAUGAUCCUUUGCAGAAAUGACUACAUUAGGUUAUUUGGGAAUAGCGGUGCUUGCAGCGCUUGCGGACAGUCGAUUCCUGCAAGUGAACUCGUCAUGAGGGCGCAAGGCAACGUGUAUCAUCUUAAGUGUUUUACAUGCUCUACCUGCCGGAAUCGCCUGGUCCCGGGAGAUCGGUUUCACUACAUCAAUGGCAGUUUAUUUUGUGAACAUGAUAGACCUACAGCUCUCAUCAAUGGCCAUUUGAAUUCACUUCAGAGCAAUCCACUACUGCCAGACCAGAAGGUCUGCUAAAAGGUCAGAGUAAUGCAGAAUGCGUGCCUUCAUCUCAGAUUUUGUUCAUCACAGGUGGAUCCCGUGUGUCUUCAGUAGACAAGUCACCUUUGUAGCUAGCACCAGUGCCAGCUCCAUGCCAUUGCACCUUCUUUAGUCUUGAUUGCCCUUCCUGCAUUUAUUGGUGUAUUAAAAUGACUGAAUAUGAACAUUAAGGACUCCAUGAACCUGGGCUAAUGGGAGACUGUAGAGAAAAUGAAAAAAGAUCCACCGGAGGACAUCUUUGGGGGGGAGGGAGCUUGGGGGGAGGGAAAUGACUAAUGAAGCUAAUUAAAAGAAGCAUUCAAAUCUGCUUUCUACCCUCAUUAACAAUUAGCAGGGCACUGGCCAGAGUUUGUACCCUGUGUUUUACCUUAACAACAUUCUCUUUGCUCUUUGUAUAUUUAAGUGUCGUAAGGAAAUGUGUUUCAAUCAAAACUGAACAUGAGAUAAAGGAAAGAGAUGUGGCUUUUGUGAUAUUCUAUCACAAACACUUUUAUUGUAUCUCUGUAAAAUACAAUGUAUGUAUGCAUGUAAGUGUUCUUGUCCUAAUGUUGCUACUCCCAUGGCAAAGAAAAAAAAAAUGAACGGAAAAAGAAAAAAAAAUUGGAAAAAAAAAAAUCAAGCUCAUAGCAGCUACUGUGUAGAAAUUUCCCCCUACUUCUAAUUUGCCGAAUGAAGAAAAAAAUCUUUUAUUUGUGAUAUUUUCAGAGACAUUUGCUCUAGUAUGGUGUAUUUAAAUAAUAAAAACUUAAAAGAAAAAAUAUUCAAUGGAGUUUGGGUUUAAACACUGCUUUUUCUCUUCUGUAUUUUGGAAGAACCUAAGUUUUUUGUUCGAUAAUAAGCUCACUUUAAAUUUGAGGGAUAGAGGGAGGUGUGUAUAUUUUUUUAGCUCUGGGCCAAUAAGGUAUUCUUCAAAUUACUUAAACC